AUGUCUCAUCACUGCCAGUGUCAUCAGCAUUCACCGCGGCAACCGCAACCACCAUCGCCACUGCAAGAGAAACAACAACCUCAACAGCUACGACAACAGCCACUACAACAACAGCCACAACAACAGCCACAACAACCGCCACAACAACCGCCACAACAGCAGCCACAACAACAACCACAACAACAACAACAACAGCCACAACAGCCACAACAACUCAAACAUCAACAGAAAGAACACGAUAAACUUCAACAAGCCCACGAAGACCAAUACCAAAAACACGAACAGCUUCAUCGGCAACAACACCAGCAGACAAAUCAGUCGGAUCUGUUUCAGGAUCAAAAUUUGCAACAACAACAGCAGCAACAACAACAGAACCAACAACAACACCAGCAACAACAACUUCAACAGCAACAACCAUCCUCACACAAUAAUUCAACAACUCAACUAAACUAUCAUCAUAUAAUCCACGAAAAUGAAAUAAAAUAUAGUUCACCAUUGCCAUCUCAGCCAUUUUCAACUUCAAACGUAACUACAUUUGUAGAAACAUUACCACAAAACACAGCAGCAGCAACAACAACCGCAACAACAUUAUCAACAACAUCAACAUCGUCAACAACAUCAUCAACAACAACAUCAUCUUCAGCAUCAACAACUCCGUACCAAAGAAAUAUCGAAAUAGUUUUUGAAAACAAAAAAUUCGUUCCUCACAUUAUUAAACCCCCCAUACCUCAAAAACAGCAACAACCACAACAACAACAACAACGCGACUUCUGCAACAACAAAAACGACAAUUUAAAUUUCCAUAACAACAAAAUAAAGGUCGUUGCCGACCUAGAUGACGCAGAUAACAAUGACGUCAGAUCCAUAUUUGGCAACGACGCGUCAUACGUUGAAAAAAUAAAAUUCCUCGAAUCAGAAAACAGAAUUCUUUUAAAAAAUUUAAAUGAAAUUAAAAAGGACCAAUUAGGUAAAAGUAGGUCGAUAAAAUUAGCAUAUGAAAGUGAGUUAUCGAGGUCUCGACGUUUAUUGGAUGACCUCAAUAAGAACCAGGCCAAGUUGGAAGUUCAGGUGACGUCAUUAGAGGAGCGUUUGUUGGAAGAGUUGGAAAAAAAUCAAUUCCUUAGCCAAACACUGAGCGAGGAACGCCAAAACUUAGCAAACGCCAUGAAGAGCAUUUCGACGCUGGAGCGCCAAUUUUUCCAACUGAGCAGACGCAUGCAGACCAAAGAGGAUGACAUGGAUGCCUUGGGAAGAGAGAAGCAGAAGCUGGAAGCUGAAGUUGUUACUCUUAGAGAGGAACUGAGAGAACUAACAAAAUUAGUAUGCACAGACAGCACACCAGAGAACAGAAAGUUAUGGAAAGCCGAAAUUGAUGAAUGCAUGAAAGAAAUAAGAGAAAUGUACGGUGAAAAUGGCAGCAUGGCUGAUGAUUCCAUUCACGAACUAUCCUAUCACGAUAAGUUGAAUGAAUACCUGAGGAGCGAGAGAGUGGAACAACAACAACAACAACAGUAUCAACAUCUUUCUUGA